UUUGUACUGUGCAUAUAUCCCUUUUGAUGAACGACCGCUGAUGUUCCCUUCUGAUGCUACCUUUCGCUUCCGUACUAUAUAUAGUAGACUCGGCAUGCAUAAUUAAGGUAGGAGUUAAGACAACAGCUGCACCUCCAUUAAUAUGCCUUUGAAUUAGUACUAGAUAAUCCACCCACUAAUUAAAGCUCCCAUCGACGAUACAAUCCUUAUAAAAACUUGCAUUUCAAAACCAUGCCAGCUGCAGGUCCUUGUUCACCGGCAGCUGUGGCUGUCUCAUCCGCACUUGGCUACGCCACUGUUAUAUGCCACUGAAACCAGGCCAAUAAAGACGUGGCCUCCUCCAAUAACCCAACCACAGCACUGGUAUCUCAGGCUGGCGUCUCAACGAAGAUUCAUUCCCAGCACUGCACACGGGUGUUUUUUUUUUCUGACCAUCUUUCAUCAGGCAAGAGAACUAUCAACAGGAACUGAACUUCUCCAGUCUGUGGACGUGGCAGGCCACCAUCUUGCACUCCAAUCGCUACAGUACACGGCACAGCGAGAAGAGACGGCUUUAUGUCACACAAGUACCCCCUAACAUCAACAUCUGUGAAUUGGUUACAGCGCAGGAAGUAUCACGGAAAUAACACAGGCCAAUGUUGCCCUAUGUCGCAAUGUUUUCAGGAUAGCUUCCUUCACUUGUCCUUAGGGACUUUUUUUUGUGCAUGGUCUGGAACGAGCGCAGACAUACGAGAGCGGAGGUCUCAUCUCGGUCAAGGAUAUCAGAGCUGCGAGAAGCGUACAAGUCACGUUCGCGAUGUCUUUAAUGCACAUGUCAGCCGAGGCCAGUGUCAGAGGCAAUGGGAAUCUACGGGCGUCACGCAAUGUAUCUUUUCAAGCAGAACCACUGCCAACCAAGCUUUCCAUAGUGCUGGGAUAGUGCCAUUUCCCCUGGGGACUCGACGCUUGGGCCUUCUGUGUUGGAAAUCGAGCCAUUUUUACCACAGUGUAAAACUGAAACCCACAACUCGACCUCGCUUGACUCUUCUUUCAGGCUACGUGAAACUUGAAAGAUAAAACUAGCGCCUGGC